AGAAAUAUUUUUCCCAUAGGUUUGAGAACUUUACACGAGGCGGGACCUGAGUUAAAGCGUGCUAUCUCUGGUAAUCUGGAUGAAAUGCGUGAUGAUGACAUUCCCACGCAUAGGCGUAACCACUCCUUGUUCGGCUCGGUCUGGUCAUCUAUGAGAGUCAAAGGCCUACAGCGAACACGCUCCCUCCGCGUCGGCUCUGGACAACAUGCUAAAAUGGGUAAUAUCUUGCAUCCUGUAAUUCUCAAGGUCAACAACCAGAUUAUGAAUAUGAUAUCUCCCACAAACUCUCUCUCCUACUCUCCUGCACACUCAAAUGAGAAAACUGCACUUAAUCACACAGGACAUCGACCUCCUACCCCUCUGGAAAGCUCUCAAUCCCUGGGUGAGGACGAUGAGGGGAUCCCAAUGCGUCCUCUUAGGAUAAUGAACGGUGAUCCUGAAAGAAGAUCAAAUCUAGUAAUAAAAGACCUGAGUGAUGAGGAGUUGAGUGACGGGCCGCAGCCCCCCACGCCACCCCCCCGCCGCACCUCCACUCACUCCUGGGGACUGGGAUGCAUUGGUCGCCAGGACGCCCAGUCUCGUAGCUUCAGCAACAUCGCCGAUGGGCUGCGACUGGCUCAUGCUCAAGCCUUGGCCGUGGCAGGCAUCGUGCAUCAGUCAUCUACUGGUUCAGCACCAUUUAGACGGGGUCUGCGUGCCUCGUUCCACGGCCGAGCGACCUCUCUCAGUGAGAGUAAUGGAAGCCUUCCAGGGGACCGCCACUCCCACAGUGUCCCGAGCAGCCCUAGAAGUGUCUCCAGACCCUAUUCUGAAGUCGUGGGCUCUGCUGAGAGCUUGGUCGGCAGGGUGUUGGCUGACCAAGGUUUGGGGAAAUAUUGUGAUCCUGAAUUUGUACGAACAACUUCAAGGGAAAUUGCAGAAGCCUUGGAAAUGACCACUGAAGAAAUGGAUCGGGCUGCUCACAACAUACUCUCUGCUUCCCAACAAGAACUAGCCCCUGAGGAUGCCUCACCUGAGCAUCCCCAACUACAAAGAGCAUCCCGGGGUCCAUCUAGACAACAAAAACAAGAUUUAUCAUAUUAUGAUCACCAAUCACCUUUAUAGAAAUAUGUGAAUUAGAAACCUACUAAUUCUGUUACAUGGUGGUUUGUUGAUGUGUCCAUUCAUCCUCUUCCAACCUCAUGAUUCCUUAUGCAUUAUUGGAGGCUUUGUGAAGAGGCCUUCUUGAAGAUGCUCGUACAAGGGUAACUAAGUGCUCUGGAAAGAGAACCCCUUUGGUCCUAUGGUCCCACCCUCUCAAGCUGCCUCUACUCUGUGGAUGUUCUUCUGUGGGAGGCAUAGAGAGGGAUUAACAGGGCUUUCUAGGGCAUCUAUUGAAAGUGAGAGGACAGGAUGAGGCAGUGCUAUUCUCCCAAACCUGUGAAUAAUUUUAUACUUGUGAGUAUAGUCAUGUUCUCAUCUUGGAAGGGAAUCACAGGAGUUUGGGCCCUGCACUAUUCCUAUAAUGCUGAUGAAACUGCAUCAGGAAGUAUGGCAAAGCCUAUUUUUCACAUACAGCUAUUAAUGUGGUAGGGUGAACGAGCCAUAUUUGUUAGGAUCUCGUUGUCUGGUUUGUGUACAAGUAAUUGUUGGUUCAUCCAAUAUGGUGAAGUACCCACAGGAGGCUUGAUCCCUUGUGUGUGGGUUCUCCUAAACAAAGAGAUUAGGACAUGUAAAAUGAUAAGCAGAUUCUAAUUUUCGAGAUGCUUUCAGUAAGAUUAUUUUUGUACAUGAAAAAUGGAAUCUUACAGAAAGUCUGCUCCAUUUAUUAGAAAGCAUGUCUUUUCCCAUGUCUUCAGUCUUGUGCUCGCACUUGGAAGUUAUCAUGUUCCUGAUUAUAUGGAGAUAUUAGAUCAACUAUGUAAAUUCUCUAUAAGGUAAGGUAUUAGACAAUUGUUUUAUUCCCUGAAGAGUAUGACAAGCUGUUCACUAUAUUCCUUACCAUUGGUAGGAUGUAACAGUAUGCACAAAUCGUAUCCUCCAUUAUCAUCAGGCAAUGAGAACCAGCAAGUGAAAUCAAUGCUGUAUAACCUCUACACAUUUGAGUAGGGGUUAACUUAUUUAACCCAAAGUGCCUCUCUCAAUUGUGAUAAUCUGUUGUUAUUUCCUCUCAAACAAGUUUCAUUGAAAGGUACUGAAAUCACCUCAUGUCAUCCAUAGUUUCUUGAAACUUCUGUCUCUUAGGAAUUUGCUUAUUUUCCUUCAGAGUUAAAUUUUGUUAUUAUUAUUAUUAUUUAUUAUUAUUGUCAUUAUUAUUAUUAAUAGUUACAGUAUUAUUUACUUUUUCUCUAUAUUAUUAAUUUUAUUACCAGAUAUUUUUGCUUGCCAGAAAAGCUGGCAGGUGGCUCUCACUUUUUUUGGUGAGUGUCUUUGUUAUUGUUGUAGAAGUAGCAGUAUAAUUCUGUGAUCCCAGAAACACGCGUGACACUUUUUGUCGGAAACCCAAACACACAACUUAGCCCAAUACUCAAGUUUAGUCUGCAUUCAUAUUCUGUAAAAGUUUGCAUUGAAUAUUGCUAGUACUAUAUGCUCAUUACUAAAUGACAAAAAAAAAAAAAAUAAAAAAUGAGUUAAUAUAUAGCAACAAAGCUCUAAGGGGGUGAGAAUCAACAAAAGACGGAUACUGCUUUUCAAUAUGAUCUGAAAUUAGAAGCAAGCAAGCUAAAACUGAUGUAGAAUCUGGAGUAAGUCAUUUGCACUGGAAGAAUAAGCAGAACUAUUCAGGGUAAAUGUGGCAACCAAGUACCUAACAUUAUCUUGUUUUGUCUUAUGGGCUCAGUGAUUCUGUCUACAGAAAGAAAAUGUUGGUUUCUUGAAUGGGCUCAUUUAUAUCACUGGUCAUGACAAGUUGGUUUUAAGUUCCACUUGUCUGAUUUGUAUUGAUUUUUGACAAACAAGAUUUAAGAAUCUUGUUUUAUUAGCAUUUGUUAUGAUGUAAAAAUUCCUUUAGGUGACUCUAUAGGACUGUUAGUUUCAUUAAAAGAAUCUAAAGUUCGUUGUACGUUUAUAUCCAUAUUUUUUACCUCAUUGUUGGAGGCUUUGAAAAGAGGUGGAGAGGUUUUUUAUUUUUUGUUUAAAUACUAAACUGGUACUAUUGUGAUAAUAUUAAUGCAUAAAUUGAAACAAAUAUGAGUUAAAUAAAAAAAAUUGAAGCAUAAUCUAAACUCUGUGAUAUUAACUGAUGUAGCAAGACAGAAGUGUGGGCUGUAGUAGAAUAUCAUAUUGGCUCAGUUUUUAAAGCACAUUUUUUGAGAAAUAUGUCACAUUAAAUAACCAACAUAUGCUCAUAUGAACAAAUAACUUUAUCUCCCCAUAUUUUCAAACCCUCUAUAUGGUGGUCAGGUGCUGGAGACAAGGGCCACUUGAACCUCCUUUUGUGUCCCAGAAGAGGAAUCCAGGGUCACAGUGACUAACUUUUGUCAUGGAUAGAUGAAUAGGGUAAAGUAGUCCUCUGUUUAUAUAAUAUGUAUAUUGAAUAAUCAAGAGGUUUUUAAUAUGACUAAUAUUUGCAAAUUAUAUUGUGAUUGCAUUUGCAUUAUCAUGAUAUGACCAUAGGUAGUUCAUAUUUUGUCUGGAAUCUUUUAGCCUUGAAUAUUCCUAGUUUGUGAAUAACAACUUCCGAAGAUCUCUGGUGCUCAAUGUCCAUGACAUUUGUCUUUCGUGUUUCAACCAUUACAUACAUCUAUACCUAAUGCAUUUUCAGCCAUUAUCAUAAUUCAUUUUAACAAAUAACAAAUUGUUAAUAUUUGAUCAGUAGAGUGUAGGAAGCCAAUUCCAUUCUGGGAUACAAUUGUGUUAUAUAGACCCCCUGUAAUGUUGACUAUUUUGUUAAACAAUAUUGACCAGGCUUUGUGAUGGUGAGUUAGCAGGCAAAUUGUCUGCUGUUGCCAUCCAAGUUUGGUUGUGGGAAAUCUCUGUUAUGCCUAUGCCUGUGAAAUGUGUGGAUAUAUACAGUCAGUCAAAUUACUUGUUCAUAGUUUUUAUUUAAUCGUUAUAGCAAGUGCAGUUUUUAAGGGUCAGAUUUUUAUUCAUGUUAACUCUGUAUAGUGGGGGAAGGUAAAUAUGGCAGACUGUAUAUUUCAGUAAAACAUCUUAACUCCCAUGCUCCUCUUUCAUGAACUGUGGAUCAUUUAUUCCAGGUGUUUGAAACGUGUCCUCUUAAAAGUUACGAUGGAUUUCUUCACGUAUGCUCUAUCAGUUAAGUUACGACAGAUGUGUCACAUGUAACAAAUUAUAUUAGAUACUGUAAUAUGCAUGUGUCCUAUCAGAGGUUUCUACAGAUGUUUCACAUGUUCCACCAGAUGUUAUUAUCACACUUGUGCCAUCAGGUGUUUCACAUGUAUGCCAUCAGAUGUUUUACAUAUGGACCAUCAGGAGUUGCACAGGUGUGUCAUCAGAUGUUUCACAUGUGCCAUCAGAUGUUUCACAAGUGUGUCAUCAAAUGUUGUACAUGUGUGUCAUCAGAUAUGUCACAUGUGCCAUCAGAUGUUUCACAUGUGUGCCAGAAGUUACUGCCAGUGUUUCACACGUGUUCCAACAGAAGUUACUGCAUAUGUUUCAUGAACAUCUCCUCAGUAAUUGUAACAUAUUUUACACACAUGCCCUCUGAAGUUAGUGUUGAUUUUUCACAUGUGAAGUAUCAGGAGUUGCUUCAGAUAUUUGCAUGUCUCACCUUCAGUUUUUUUGGAAUACAGUAUGUAACUUGGAAGUGUUUGGUAAACUUUUGACAUGUGUACAUUUAUGAAAGCAAAUUAUUUAAUUUGCUGUAUUCAUUGUUUAAUUUUGGAUAUUGUUGCUAUUUUUUAAUUACAGCUAACUAAAUUAAUGUGAUUUAAUUUAUCUUACGUUCUAAAUAAAUUAAGUAUCAGUUGUAUAAUUAUUUUAUGGUGAAAUUAUAGUGUGGACUCCAUAGGUACAUAUAGAUAGUUUCAUGGACCAUUGCUGGACUCAAGUUCUCUGCUUCAAAGUGGCCGAUUUUUUACGGUAGGUUUUUAUAUGAGGUCAGUAUUAGAUGUGGAGUUAUGAUCUUUUUUUUUUCCUAUGAAAGAGUAGCACAUGUAAAUUUCUGCAUAAAGAAGUGACAAUAUGUCUCACUGCACAAACAUUGUUAUUGUGAAAUAUUUGUAUCUAUUUAAAGGUGAAUAAUUGUCAUCACUGGACAAUGGUGACAUAUUUUCUACAUAAUUUUACUACUUCAUCUAAUUGUAAUUAAAACACAUUUUACUGGGAAACUGAUGAAAGCUGUUGUGGCUGGUGUUGGCAGUUUAUAUGAUUUUGUAAGGGAUUUUUUUUUUUUUUUUUUUUUUUUUGUGAAAGAGGGAGUUUAGACUGACUGCACCCUGUAUAGGGUUUGUUAUGUAGCAUCCUCAUAAGAUGUUUAUCAAGAGUAAUUUUCCAGUUUAUUUUUUGUCAUGGCUUAUAAAUUAUGUUAACCCAAAAUUUUACAUUUAUUGUACUUGAAUUGUUACAUAUUUACAUCUAGAAAUUUGUAAAAUAAUACAAUGUGAUUGUUUUAUUCUCUUGCAUUGCUCAAAAUUUUUGCAAUAAAAGAGGCUAAAGCAAUCAGUUUUUUCUGUGUUGAGCCCAAAGUGGGUCCUUCCCUUAUUCCUUCUCUUUGUCGACUUUACAUUUCCUGUCAGUCAGAUAACUUUGUUUGCUUGUUAUUGUAUGUUGAUCCAGAAAUGUGUGGAAGGAACAAUCACGAAUUUACAUUUGCCGAUUCUCGUCAUAAUUUAUACAGUGUUGUAGCAGUUCUCAUUUGGAAUAAAGCCUAACCUUGUAAUA